UUUUUCUUUUUUUACAAAAUAAUCGAACAGAUAAGACUCUCUGCACACUCCCGGAAACAAAAUAAAGGCAACUCAAAAUCCGGAUUUCUUUCUAUUCUCUGUAAGUAGAGAAUAGAAACAAGUAUGGUAUCUCUUAAAGAUAUAGCACCAUCAACUCAAAAUAACAUAAACACGCAGUUCAUAAUCCUAGACAAGAGCAAAACAACGACAAUGGAAGGGCAGUACAAAACCUGUUUGGGGGUUGUAGCCGACGAGACAGCUGCAGUUAACUUCCAGUUCUGGCAAAAUGAAUGUGAGGCGUUUGAGGCAGGUGACAUUGUACGCUUGACUAAUGGCAUAUUCUCAUUCUCACGUCACAACAAUCUGGUGCUAAGAGCAGGCAAGAAAGGGAAAAUAGAAAAAGUAGGAGAGUUUACAAUGGUGUUUGUGGAGACACCAAAUAUGAGUGAAAUUAGUUGGGUUCGUGAUCCUAAUAAUUCUAACAAGUAUGUACAGCCGCAGCAGGCUGUUAUUAUUUCAGCUUCAAUGCCUUAAUGUUAUGUUGUGUUUCAAGAUUCCUCAUCAAUUUUUGUCUAUUGUGCCUUACCAAUUUAGGCCGAGGAGGUAGAGGAUUUGUCAUUAAUUAAAAGUAGCAAUUAUGACUA